AGCCCUACUCGGUGAGAAUAGCGUUGCUUUGGUUUACUGUUGUCAUCGUAAGAAUGGAGAAGUUGCGCGAACAUUUUUCCAGGAUUCGAGUUCCUAAAGGCGGGGACAAAGUGUACAAGGAUGAGUGCAUGUUCUCCUUCGAUACCCCGGAGAGUGAAACAGGACUUUAUGUUUGCCUGAACAGUUUCUUUGGGUGGAGCAAGGAAUACGUUGCCAAAUACUCAGAACGUUCAGGAAAUUGUGUAUUCUUACACAUUAAGAGAAUCAAAAGAGAGUUAGCAUUGUGUAAGAUUCUCUGCGGCAGACGGCAACUAGAUGGAUCAGGAGGAAACAACCAUGCUGUGGAGUACUACCAGAAAACAAAAUAUCCACUAGCAGUGAAGCUUGGGACCAUCACCCAAGAUGGCAAUGCUGAUGUCUACAGUUAUGAUGAAGACGACAUGGUUUUGGAUCCUAACCUUGUUAAGCAUUUAGCUCACUUUGGUAUAAAUGUCAAAGUUAUGGAGAAGACAGAGAAGACCAUGUUGGAGCUAGAGAUUGAUUACAAUCAGCGGGCUUGGGAAUGGUCUCGCCUCACCGAGUCUGGGACUAAACUCCUCCCCAAAUUUGGCCCAGGUUACACAGGAAUGAAAAAUCUCGGCAACUCAUGCUAUGUGAAUUCUGUCAUGCAAGUGCUGUUCACUGUACCGAACUUUGUGGAGCGGUACUUUGCAAAUGGUACAAGUAUCUUAGAAGGUUACCAGGGAAAUAAUCCUGCUGAUGACUUCAACAUUCAGAUGUUCAAACUUUCCCAUGGCCUUCUGUCUGGAAGGUACUCAGUUGCACCUCCCAACAUCAACUUGGAAGAAGCUGUUGAUACAGAUGACCUGCAGCCAGGUAUAUCUCCUGUCAUGUUUAGAACCUUAGUUGGGAGAGGACAUGCAGAAUUCUCAACCAAGAAGCAGCAAGAUGCAAUGGAGUUCCUUGAACACAUCUUGAAGAUGACCUCAUGUAACUCAGCAGGAGUCACAGACCCAGGAAACUGUUUUAAAUUUGAGGUUGAGGAUAAGUUUGUAUGCAGUGCCAGCAAUAAGGUCCGUUAUGUGACAAGGCCUGACCAGUACCUACCGCUCCCAGUACCUGUUGAUGAAGCUGUCAAUAAAGAGGAGGUGGCAGCCUAUCAAGCCCGCAAAGCAGAAGCCCAAGCUUCACAGGUGGUCAUGCAACCGGAGGAGCAGGUACGAGCAAAGAUACCUUUCGAUGUUUGUCUAUCCAAGUUGGCUGCCCCUGAAGAAAUCCUUGCAUUUAGUUCAGCAGCAGAGAAAGAGGUUCCUAUGCAGAAGAUUACACGCCUCAGGACAUUCCCAGAUUACCUAGUCAUUCAGCUUGUCAAAUUUGGCAUCGGUCAAGAUUGGGUUCCAAUGAAGUAUGAUGUAUCCAUUGACAUGCCAGAAGUUCUGGACUUGUCUGUUUUAAGAGGGUUUGGACUGCAAGAAGGUGAAGAGGAGCUUCCAGAAACUACUGCUCCUCCUCCCAAAGAACCAGAAAUAGAUGCUGGUAUUGUCCAACAAUUAGCAGAAAUGGGAUUCCCGUGGGAGGCGUGUAGGAAAGCUGUUCACCUUACUGGGAACAAUGGAACAGAGGCUGCCAUGAACUGGGUCAUGGAGCACAUGGGUGACCCAGAUUUUGCUGACCCUCUUGUCAUUAAGAGUGAUACAAAAAGUAAUGAUACUUUCACUGCAAAUGAAGAGGGACUUGGAAUGCUGAUGUCCAUGGGAUUCACACGAGAGCAGGCAACUUUAGCUCUUAAGGAAACCAGCAAUAAUCUAGAACGUGCAGCAGAUUGGAUAUUUUCACACCAACAUGAGCUUGAUUCUCUUUUAGCGGCACAGAGUGGUGCUGCUGCUCCUCCCCCACAAAAGCCAAACUACACUGAUGGAGAACCUAAGUAUGAGUUAACAGCAUUUAUCAGCCACAUGGGAACCUCCAUCUUUGUUGGCCACUAUGUCUGCCACAUUAAGAAAGAUGGAGAGUGGACAAUCUUCAAUGACAAUAAAGUCUCUAAAUCUGCAGAUCCACCCUUGGACCUUGGUUAUAUAUACCUAUAUAAACGUGUAAAUAAUUAGGGACCAGCGGUAUGAAUUUCAGAAUCUGUAGCAGGAAGUAGGUAGUGGCCAUUUUGAAAAUUUCAUUAUUGUACCAAGUGCAGACCUAUACCAGAGGGAGGAUGAAAGGAGGAUGAAUAGCAGAUAGCUUAAGGAGUUUCACAAAAGAUUUUUUAUGAGAAUCUUCUUAGAGACUGAGUGUCAUGUACCAAUUACUUGGAUGUUUUAUGCAUUUCCCUUGUUUUUUCAGUUUAAAGAUUUGUUCUACUUCAUAUUGGUUUUAUGUUCUUGAGGCCAGGGUUCUAUGCAUUUUAAUUCUACUUUUCCAAGUUUCAUUUGUCCUCAAGACUGACGUGUUAACAAGAAUCUAUGCUCUGUUUUCAGAGGAGAAAGAGCACUACACAUCACAUUAUGCAAAGAAAAAGGUUUAUGACUUAACCAAAUAAGAGGCCUUACAUUUUCUUAAGAGAUAUGCAAUAUACAAAGUAAACAGAAAUGUGAUAUAUAUAAAUAUAUGGACAUGUUCAUGGGAGUAAAGAAAAAAAUGGACGAAAGAAGGGGAAAUUUUUCAUCAGAGGUCAUGCUGGCUAGGUGUAUAAAUGAUGCUUGUGAGCUCUACUGUGUCUCUAAUAUUUCUGAUCCCAGUCAAGAAGAAUGGGUCUCUGUCAAUACAUGCAAGGCUGUUUUUUUUGCUGUCAUUUUCCAGUGCUUUUGUUGGCACAGAUAUUUGGAUCUCAUAAUCAUUCAGUAACUUUUAGGAAGGAUGUGAAAAAAUAAGGGAUAUUGAUGGGCAUUGGCAUUCUAGAAGUUCCCCAUGAUUUUUGAGUCCAAUACCAGCACUUUAAUAUUUCCAUUGUGUUUAGUAAAUAGCUGUGAAUCUUACAGUCCUAAUAUUCCACCAGUUAGAUUGGAUUAAGUGUUAUUAGUUUGUUUAUGUUUUUUUUUUAUUAACUUUCCUAAUACAGCUAUGCUUAAAAUUAAUUGUUAGCUUAAAGCACAGCCACUAACAAUGUUUUUUUAAGAAUUUGUACUUGAUUUUUGUGUGUAGAAAAUUUUAUGGACAUACCUAUGUGGUUUGUGUGUGUAUGUGUGUAUGUGCGUGCAUGUCAAUAUCUGUUUACAUGUUUGUGUAUGUGUGUUUGUAUGCAUGUAUGUGUUUGUUGUACAUGUGCAAUUGUGCAUUUCUGUGUACAUGUGCAUGUAUGUGUGUGAACAUACCUAUACAUAUAUAUACAUAUAUGCAAUGUAUCUGGACAUACACAUGCACAAUCACAAUCAUACACACACUCACAUUUUUAUCUAGUUAUUAUUAUUAAAGUACGACUGUUUUUCACAAGCCUAAAUUCUGUUGUCAUCAGAUUUGAGCAGGCAUCCAUACUAUUUUUCAUAUUGUAAUGAUGUGAUAUAAUUUCAUUUUUAAAGUAGCAGAAUGGAGGAUCUCACACAAAUAAAAUACUUUUGGAAACUUAGUGUAAGUGUCCUGUUUUGUAGAAACUUUCCUUAGGUUGUAUCUGGUAUAUUGCCAGGGAAGUGAUCACAGUCUUGUGAUAUUAUCAGUCAUGGCUGCUACUGCUUUUCUGUUCCAUGAAACCAUUUUUUCUGCUUAUAUUUUGUAAUUUAUGUUUUCUGCAAAUUUAUUUAGGUAUUAAUUGGUCUGUCUGGACCUGCAGUGUGUGGAUAUGUUUGUUAAUAAAACAUAAAAGAAAGUC